UCACUUCCUUCUAUUUCUCUCUCGCACAAACGUGAAGUCGAACGUCGCCCACCUUGAGAAAAACACCUUUUUUCCCCCGGAAAGUGCUGGAAGAAUCUGAAAAGUUCUAUUGGGUACUGGAGACACAGCAUCAAGAUGAUUUUAUUAGAGAUAAAGAAUAGAAUAAUCGAAGAGACACUUCUAAAUAAAUUCGAAACAGCGGUAGCCGGAGGAAAACCAGAUGGAAUCGACAUUAAAAUAGCAGAUUUCGAUGGAGUUCUCUACCGCAUUUCAAACCCUGAUGGGGACAGAUCAAAGAUUAGAGUCAGUGUCAGUCUGAAAUUCUACCAGGAAUUAGAAAAGCAUGGAGCAGAUGAGCUUCUUCGUCGCGAGUACGGCAACCACAUAACCACAACGGAGGAGGGUUAUAGUGUUUCGAUAUUGUACGACCUCGACAACUUACCGGCCAAUAAGGCGGAGGCGGCAGAGAAAGCGGCACUCUUGAAGAGGAAUUGUUUUGCAUCGGUAUUUGAAAAGUACUUCAAAUACCAGGACGAAGAGGUGGCUAGUAAGACCACAGCCGUCAUCAAUUACAGAGAUGAUGAAACAAUGUACGUCUCCUCUCAAGGUGACAGAGUUACUGUAAUAUUCAGUACGAUUUUCAAGGACGAUGAUGAUGUCAUUAUAGGAAAAGUCUUUAUGCAAGAAUUUAAAGAGGGACGUAAAGCGAGUCACACUGCUCCUCAGGUCCUAUUCAGUCACAAAGAACCGCCCCGUGAACUUGAGGGAUCUAAUGCAGCCGUAGGAGAUAAUAUUGGAUACGUCACAUUCGUAUUGGAGAAACGUCACACAAAUCCGAAGGCACGAGACAACACCAUCAAUCUCAUCCAUACGUUCCGAGACUAUCUACACUAUCACAUAAAGUGUUCAAAGGCUUACAUUCAUUCCCGGAUGAGAUUUCGCACCUCAGAGUUCUUGAAGAUCCUCAACAGAGCUCAACCAGAAGACCAGAGUCAGAAGACACAGAAGAAAACUGUUACAGGAAGAACCUUUGUCCAACAAUAGAAACAUCAACCAUCACAGAAGAAUAGCAUUACUAGAAAGAUUUU